CGAGCCCCAGGAACGUGAGAAGAGAGGGAGGAAGAGAGCAAAAGCCAGAAACCUUGUUACCCCCUCCAUCCGCCCAUCGAGCUAGCGAUGACUUCUAACCCGAGAGUGUACUUGGACAUAACGAUCGGUGGGGCCCUCGCUGGGCGGAUCGUGGUGGAGCUGUUCGCCGACGUGACGCCGAAGACGGCGGAGAACUUCCGGGCGCUGUGCACGGGGGAGAAUGGGUUCGGGCGGUCGGGGAAGCGGCUCCACUACAAGGGGUCGACCUUCCACCGGGUAAUCCCGGGGUUCAUGUGCCAGGGAGGUGACUUCACUGCGGGGAACGGGACCGGCGGGGAGUCCAUCUACGGGGCCAAGUUCGCGGACGAGGACUUCGUGCGCAAGCACACGGGGCCCGGGGUGGUGUCCAUGGCCAACUCGGGGCCCAACACCAACGGCUCCCAGUUCUUCAUCUGCAUGGCGAAAACCCCCUGGCUCGACGGCAGGCAUGUCGUCUUCGGCCAAGUCGUCGAGGGGAUGGACGUCGUCACAGCUAUCGAGAAGGUGGGCUCCGCGGGGGGGAGGACAUCGAAGACCGUCACCAUCGCCGACUGCGGCCAGCUCUUUUAGGCCCAACGUUCGUCGGUGGCGGUGCCUUUAGCUUUCUUCUCUGGAUAUAUAUCGAAUAACGGAUUGGUGUGUCGGAAUCCUCUUUCCGAUCACAUGGUUGGAGGGGUUUAUUCCGAUCUUUAAUGUAUCAUGCUUCUGCUUGGUUUUUGGUUGAAUCUAUGAAUGCUCUGGUUUUGGAGUUUGUGUUCAUCUU